AUGAGGUGCGAGCAGGAGGCCAAGCUGCGCGAGCUGCUGGACGUCAGCACGCUGCCGGGGAAGAUGGAGAACAGGAUGCUGACGGUGGUGAGCGGCCUCGACAUGGUCAACAUCACCUACCUGAACUUCAUGGCCUUCCAGGAGGAGACGGCGAAGGAGUGGGCGGAGGAGCUGUUCAACCUGGCCUCCAACCUCUUGGUCCAGAACAUGUCCAGAGAGGACUGCCUGCAGAAAGCAUACACUCGGCUGAAGCUGCAGCUCAACCCUGAGGGCCGAAUCCCCGUCAAGAAUAUCUUCCGGAUGUUCUCAGCAGACAGGAAGCGAGUGGAGACGGCGCUGGAAAACUGUAACCUUCCUUCUGUCAGAAACGACUCCAUCCCCCAGGAGGACUUCACUCCAGAGGUCUACAGCAUGUUCCUGGGCAACAUCUGCCCCCGAUCCGAGCUGGACCACAUCUUCUCUGACGUCGGGGCGAAGAGCCGCCCGUCCCUCAGCGUGGAGCCAGAUGACGGAGUUCACUCAACAACAAACAGAGGGACCCCCGUCUCAACGAGAUCCUCUACCCUCCUCUGAAGCCAGAACGGUCCAGGUGCUGGUGGACAAAUAGAGCCCGACGCGUCGCUGGCGCAGAGAGGUCAGAUCUCGGUGGAGGGCUUCGCCCGGUACCUCAACGGGGAGGAGAACAGCAUCAUGCCCCCCGAGAAGCUGGACCAGAGCGAAGACAUGACCCUCCCCCUCUCC